UUUGGCAACAAAUUUCGGCGAUGCAAGGACGGCGUGUUCGUAUUCCUCAACGCCCAUCUGUCUACCGGGCCCAUGUUUAGAUAUUAUCAUCUGUAUAAAUACCGAGGCGAAUCUCGAUCGGGCAUCAGUCGACCACUCUCGGUACGAAGUGAUCUUCCUUUCGGAUCCCAACACAGACCUCGUCGCAAUGCAAUCGUUGGUGGUGUUGUUCGCUGUAGCCGCAGUGGCUUGUGCCGCUCCUCAUGUGGAGAAGAGGUCCAUCGGGCACGCUGUGGCGUACUCGGUGCCCGCGGCGGUAUCUCACCAGUCGAGGGUGGACGUGCGUAGCUCGCCGGCUGUGUAUACGACUUCAGUGGUCGCGCAGCCCGUGGUAGAAGCUCGUGCUGUGGUGCCCGCCGCUACGGUGUACGCUGCCCCUGCCGCUGUCUCCCACCAGUCUCGCGUGGACGUGCGCACGUCUCCCGCUGUGGUGGCGGCCGCCCCCGUCGUCCCCGUGGCGGCUGCCCCGGCGGUGGUUGAGGCCCGCUCGGUGUACGCUCCAGCUGCCACUGUAUACGCCGGUGGCUCCGCCGUGUCGCAUCAGUCCCGCGUGGACGUGGAGACGGCCCCUGCGCUGGUGUCUCAACAGGUUGUGGCCCCCGCCGUCGUUGAUGCCCGCUCACUCUGGGCUCCCUCUGUUUACUCCUCUGUUUGGUAAAAACUACAGCGAUUAAGAA